AUGAGGGUGGUCAUCGCCCUCUCCACCGCCACCACCGGCGUCUGCGACGACGUCUGCCAGGGCGCCGAGCUCAACUCGGUGGCCACCUGGUUCAGGAACAUGUGCAACGUCGACGACGCCGCCAAGAACACAGACACGACCACCGCUACCGCUACCGACUCUGCCUCUGAGACCGGCUCUCACAGGAAGAAUACCGGCGGAGGCGGUGACUGGCUAUCUAACCACUGGAAAUGGGUCAUCAUGCUCGUCGUCCUCGUCGUGGCCAUCGUGGGCAUCUGGGUGGGAGCAUGCAUCUUCCGUCGUCGCUACCUCAAGAAGAAGGAGCAGCAGAAAUUCACCCUCAAGAAUCCCGGCGGCGUCUCGCCCGAAGGAGUCGUUGGCGCUGCCGGCGCAUCAGGAACGCCAGGCGCCGCCGGCCCCGACGCUGCUGCUAGGCAGUCUACCCCCGCCCAGAGUGGUGUGUCCUCUUCUCCUUCCGAAAAAAUUCGACGAUGGACGGGGAGGUCUUGA